CAUCAUCAUCAUCAUCAUAAUCAUCAUCGUCAUCAUCAUCAUCAAUGUCACUGCUUUCGUUGCUGCUGCAGCAGCCCGAAACAACUUAAGCAAAGUGGUUGAAAGUGAUGCAGUGACUAGUCAUGCCUCUUGUGGAUAUUUUUGCAAAGAAAAAUUAAAUCAGGUACAGCUGUUAUUGUUGUUCAUGAUUAACGAGUACAUAUUCUGUCCAAUUUGUCUCAGCUUGCGUACAAGCGAACCUUGUAAAUAUUGACUCCGAAACUCUAAAUGUACGCUGAAAUCACAUUUGUUAAUUGAAGAAUCUGGGGAAUCCUCCUCCUCCUCCUCCUCCUCCUUCUCCUCCUCCUCAUCAUCAUCGUCGUCAACAUUCCCAUCAUUUAUCCAUUUCCUCUUUAUAUCUGCUUUUGUUAUUUGUCACGGCCAAGUCGCAAGUAUAUAAAUCUACUUACCAGUCGUCAACACUAAUAAAAAUAAAAGAAAAGAGGUGUCAUCCGAUGAGAGCAGGGUGACUGAGGUCAUUUGACUGCGAGGCUAAAGUGAUGUCUAUUUAUUUUUGAAAUAGUAGCUGUGUCACACGGUCGGUUGUAAGGAAAGCAGCUAUGAAACAAAAAUGCAACCUUCGAACUUCAGCUUUAGUGUUUUUGACUUUGCUAUCUUUUGUCGUGGAGGGAAAAGAGGAAGAAGAGAAACGUAAAUGUGAAGAAAUCACCGUACCAAUGUGUCGCGAUAUUGGAUAUAAUAUGACCUACAUGCCAAAUCAGUUUAACCAAGAGACACAAGAAGAAGCUGGAUUAGAGGUUCACCAAUUCUGGCCUCUUGUUAAAAUACAGUGUUCACCGGACCUCAGAUUUUUUUUGUGUAGCCUCUAUUUACCUAUUUGUAUGGAGAACUAUAAAAAACCUUUACCCCCAUGUCGAUCGGUAUGUGAAAGAGCUAAAGCUGGCUGUGCUCCUGUCAUGUUGGUUUACUCUUUUGUUUGGCCGGAGCAUAUGAACUGUGACGAACUUCCUGAAUUCGGAUCCAAACCAUUGUGUAUGGAUAUGAAUGUUACUGAUCGUCCAUCACCACCAACUAAACCUCAUUAUCUCUUACCUACAGAUCGUUCAUAUAACCCAUUUGGAGAAACGAAGCCAUGGCAUUUUAAUAAGCAGAAUAACCCUUACUAUAAGUCAAAGAACAGUCUAUCUAAACACAAUAUAGAAACAAGUACCAAAAAGUGUUCUUGUGAAUGCAAACCUCCACUAGUUCAACCAGACAAUCGCAAUGAUGCAUAUUACUAUAAUCGGAUAACCACUGGGAAAAUUAAGAAAUGUGCUAUCAAUUGUUACGGACCUUACUUCGGCCCUAAUGAACGAACAUUUGCCAAUUUUUGGAUUGGACUUUGGUCUAUUUUGUGUUGUAUCUCUACAGCUACUACUAUCAGUACUUUUCUUAUUGACAUGCAAAGAUUUCGUUAUCCUGAACGUCCCAUCAUAUUUCUAAGUGCAUGCUAUUUUAUGGUGAGCAUUGGUUACAUAAUGCGACUAAUUGUCGGGCAUGAGAAAGUUGCCUGUGACGGAAACAUGAUACGUUAUAGUACAACUGGGCCAGCCAUGUGUACAGUAGUGUUUUUAUUAAUUUAUUUUUUUGGUAUGGCUUCCUCAAUUUGGUGGGUAAUUUUAUCUUUCACGUGGUUUUUGGCUGCUGGUUUGAAGUGGGCCGAAGAAGCCAUUGCAAGCUACUCUCAAUAUUUUCACCUGGCCGCUUGGUUGAUACCAUCAGUAAAAAGUAUUGCUGUACUGGCCAUGUCUUCAGUUGAUGGAGAUUCUGUAGGGGGUAUAUGUUACGUAGGAAAUCAAAAUUUAGAAAAUCUACGUGGGUUUGUCCUUGCACCAUUGUUUGUAUAUCUAGUUCUUGGUACAUCAUUUUUAUUUGGUGGUUUUGUGUCUUUAUUUCGCAUUCGGAACGCUAUAAAACGCCAGGGACGAGCUAAAACAGAAAAAUUAGAAAAACUGAUGAUCCGCAUCGGCGUAUUUUCUUUUCUAUAUACAGUUCCUGCAACCAUUGUUAUAGCAAUUUAUUUCUAUGAGCAACACAUGCGAUCGGUAUGGGAGACAGAUUUCACCUGCUCCUGUGGAGGAUAUCAACACAAACCUGACUUUUCUGUUUUUAUGUUAAAAUAUUUCAUGUGUUUAGUCGUUGGGAUUACGUCUGGCUUUUGGAUUUGGACAGGAAAAACGCUUGAUUCUUGGAAAAGAUUUUAUGGGAAGAUUUGUCAAAGACACUCAUAUAAUACUUCAAGUCGUAUGAAAUACACGAAUCCUUCAUAUCAAAUGACCAAACCCCAGCCAAUGGAUCACGUCUGAGAAAUAGCGUCAGAAUAAUAGAUCUUGCAAAAAAUACUUUUAUUCACUGAGGAUUUUCUAUUCCAUUUAUCAUUAAAAGUGAUCUGAAACGUCAUUGGAAUUCUCUCAACUUUGCUCCCAUGAAUUAAACUAAGAUUCAUUCCAGAAAUACCGACAGAAAAUCCAAUUAUAAAUGAUAAAAAAA